GGGGUGAUGUAUGGCGUCGCCAGUAGAGGCCGCCACGGUCGCCACUUACUUUCCGGUGCCAGUUUCCAAAGAUGAGCAAUAGUGGGAAUAGCGCAGCCGUACCUCCGCUCAAGUCGGAGGAGGUGAAGCCAGGCGCCCAGGAUGCGUUAAAAUCGUGCAAGGAUCAAGCAGCGAAAGCACCGCAGGGCGCGGAAGCCAAAGGAACUCCGGAAGCUGCUAAGACUGCUCAGCCCGAUGCUGCUGCUGUGAACGUUGCAAAAACGGAGGGGGCCCAGCCAAGACCUGUCCAGAAUGUUGAAGGAGAUGCUAAGGUGGUCUGCAGCGUUGCAGUGACCCUUUCGCCAUCCUUUGCUGGCACAGACCAGAAAGACCAGCAAAAGUCAAAAGGACCUGAAGUACAUGAAAUAUCAUUGGAAGAUAUUGACCCCGAUGCCACGGUGAGUUGUGAUAGCGUUCCUGUAGGAAAUGAUUGGUGGUUUUAGCUUGUGAAGCACACUUGAAGCUCCUACAUGCAAUUCGAUGAUGUCACGCUCCAUAAAGAGCUUCAAAUAUUCACUUGACGGCUGAUUGCUGCUAGUUGUAAUUUGGAAAAUUUAUUGCAGCAUAGUCAUUACUGUGAUUUCACCAUGUGUUCUCUUUUGCCACAAGCUCGGAUGGUGUGAAAUGACAGAUACAUCAAUUCCAAUAAAUCAGUAACCUCUCUUCAAUGUGGAAAUUAAUGCGUGAUAUUGUAAUGUUUAUUUGAACAUACCCUCCUAUUAACCUCCACCAGCCAAUUGUAGCAUUAACCUGACAUACCAAUUGUAAGCUCCUAAAUCAGGUCCAGACACUUAAUGCACAUAUGGAAUACUAAUUACGUGAAUCUUCCUGCAAGCAGGCGCUUGAAUAGCCCGAAUGUGAAAAUGGAAGACUGCUGGUGACGCUAACUUGAGAUUCUGGCACCAACUUUGCGAGAUGUCACUGAUUUUGACAGCGUGUGCUCAGGGAGAGUAAAUUGUCUAUCAAUGCAGAAUGAUCACAUUGAGACAGUGAAAUGCAAUGCCAGGUAAAGAUAUUGAGAGAACUGCCCUGUACAAGCACUUUGUAAAUUAAUUAAUGUACUACGAAGUCUGUGAUGGCACAUUUUCCAUCGUUUGUUAAUGGCUUAGGCAUAAAAUUUACAAUGCAAAGGUUUCGCCAUCAUUUUCUGUCUUGCCAAGCUACUUUUUU